UUCGUUCGUAAUUGUUCGUACGGAGAUUUGCGAUGGCUGCUCCGGUGAAGAAGCGUGAGGUUCAGGAAAAGUUACGCGACGAUGACGAGAACCACGUGUCGUCCAGCAGCGAGGACGAGGAAUAUGACAUCGCGAAUGAACAGGGAAUGGAAUUCCAAGUAGAUUUUGAAGGUCGCAACCCACAAGAUCCAGAUUAUCAUGGAAUUAAAACGUUGUUGCAACAACUUUUCCUCAAAGCACACAUUGAUUUGGGUGGACUUACAGAGUUAAUAAUAUCACAAAAUUAUGUAGGAUCAGUUGUUAAACAGUCUGCAGAUAUAGAUGAUUCUGACGAUGAAGAUAAUGACAUUAAUGACGUAUUUGGUAUUACAACAGUUAUUAAUAUUUCUGAUAAACAGAAUAUUUUGUGUAUACAACAACUUCGACAGCUACUACAACAAUUAGCAGAUGAGCAUGCAACUGACGCAGUUAACACUAUGAUAAAAAGUAUAUUGGAGAACGAUGCAGCACAAUUAGGUUUGCUUAUCAACGAAAGAUUUGUCAACAUUCCCGCCAAAAUUUCAGUGCCACUUCUUGAAAAUCUUAUUUCUGAAUUGAAACGUGCCAAUAGCAAAAAUAUGCCAUAUAAUUUUUCCUAUUUCGUACUAAUAUGUAAGUUGUACAAAUCAGAAGAUAAAAAAGUCGGGAAAAAAACAAAAGGCAAAAACAAAAACGCUGACAACGAGUUAUCGAUACUGUGGAGUAAUCCAGAAGAGGAGAUUUUUGCGGAAGAGGCACUUGUUAAUUUUGAAUUUUCCGUGGAGGAAGAAGCGGACAGUGGUUUAUCCGGGACAUGGACCGAAACGGACGAUAAGAUGAUACCUUACAGACGAGUAUUGCUAUUUGAAGCUUCAAAGCUACAAUCCAUAUUUGAUAAAAUACAGAAUCAGUUUUCUUAAUUUUAUAAA